AUGGAGAACCCACAUGAGGAAAGGCAGUCGCUACUGCUUGAACGAAUCACCAAGAGCGUCCAUCGUCUCAAUGAAGCGCUCCUCGAACUCGAUAGAUCUGUUGUAGAGAUCAACAACCACAAUCAGGCCAUCACAAUCGUUGCUGAGCUGUCGGAAGCUUACCGACGUAACGCAGCGUUCAAUUUGGCAAACAUGGAAGCUGUCGAUGAAGACGGUCUUGGCAAAGAUCUUGCUUGA